UAACAUUGAGGAGCCAAUCAACAAAAUAUAAAGCGUAUCCGACAAAGCUUCAGCAUUGUAUGUUUAUUCUGAAAACCUCCGGGAACCGUAAGGAAGAAGAGACCCAUAAAGCACGACUCACGCCCACCUUCUCAGUGGACAAGCGAGAAAUACAAAGCGCCCCUCAGCAUCAUUGGAGGGGGGGGAGGGGAGAGUGAGUGAGUGAGUGAGUGAGUGAGUGUUGCUGAUGCUCUGAUUGUCCUUUCGCCUGUGGAGAGAGCCGCUGGGCUCUGAGAGCUUCCCCGCGGUGUCUCCUCCAAUUUCCUGUUCCGGGCUGCUGGCCUCAUCUCAGCAGCGACUGGGCCGGUCUGCGGCUUUGACGGGCUGCUGCGUCUGAUGAGCUGAAGCUCAGCGGGCCGAAGGGGCGAUGAGGAGCGGUGCUGUCCUGAUCAUCCUCCUGGGCAGUGUCGCGGGCGGAAGCGCCUGGUUUAACCAGCCCGGGGCCCCGAUCGCCAGUGGGCCCUUAACACCGGACACGGGCCCCGAGGCCGAGGACUGCUUCUGUCACCUGACAGGUGUCUUGGAUGACUGCUUCUGUGACAUAGAAAGCAUUGAUGAUUUCAACAGCUACAAGAUCUUCCCUAAAUUACAGCAACUGCUAGAAAGGGAUUAUUUCAGAUAUUAUAAGGUUAAUUUGAAGAGACCCUGUCCCUUCUGGUUAGAUGAUGGUCAUUGCUCGAUUAAGGACUGCCAUGUCAAACCUUGUUCUGAGAGUGAGAUUCCAAUUGGGAUUAAAGCAGCUAAUUUCAACAAAUUUUCUGUAGAAGCAAAUGCAGAUGAAGAUUUGCAAGACUGUGAGGAAGCAAAUAAGCUUGGAGCUGUGAACAGUACAUUGAGUAACCAAACAAAGAAAGCUUUCAUUGAUUGGGCAAGAUAUGAUGAUGCACAAGACCAUUUUUGUGAACUUGAUGAUGAAUUAUCUCCUGAUGCUGAAUAUGUGGAUCUCCUCCUGAAUCCAGAACGUUACACUGGAUAUAGGGGAUCAUCAGCUUGGAGGGUGUGGAACAGCAUCUAUGAAGAGAACUGCUUCAAGCCUCGAUCUGUAUAUCGUCCUCUGAAUCCACUUGCACCUAGGAGAAGAAACGAUGAUGGCGAGUCUUUCUACAAGUGGUUGGAAGGUCUGUGCCUUGAAAAGAGAGUAUUUUACAGGUUGAUUUCUGGGCUUCAUGCCAGUAUCAAUCUACACCUCAGUGCAAAGUAUCUACUUGAUGAUGGGUGGGGAAGACAUAGAUGGGGACCAAAUUUAGAAGAAUUCCAAUCUCGGUUUCAUCCUACUGAAACAAAAGGAGAAGGUCCAAGAAGGUUGAAAAACCUCUAUUUUUUGUAUUUAAUUCAACUAAGAGCUUUGUCUAAAGUAGCUCUAUAUUUUGAACGCUCAAUUGUCGACUUAUACACUGGAAAUGCAACAGAAGAUGCAAUUACCAAAAAGCAGCUGCUGGAAGUUCUCAAGGAAACCAAGUCAUUUCCUAUGCAUUUUGAUGAGAAGUCAAUGUUUGCAGGCGACAAGAAAGAGGCUAAAACAUUGAAGGAAGAGUUCAGACUCCAUUUUAAAAAUAUCUCGCGUAUAAUGGACUGUGUUGGAUGUGACAAGUGCAGGUUAUGGGGUAAACUUCAGAUUCAGGGUUUGGGUGCAGCUCUAAAGAUUUUAUUUUCUGAACGGGAAAUCAAGAAUCUUCCUGAGCGGAGUCCUUCAUCAGGUUUUCAGCUCACCCGACAGGAGGUUGUUGCUCUUUUGAAUGCAUUUGGCAGGCUUUCAACAAGUAUUCAAGAAUUACAGAACUUCAAAAUGCUAUUAAAGGACAAGAGGUAACAAAUGCUGUGGAGACAACAAAGAUGGAUGCUGGGUAGAGACUCUAAUUUUGUCAUAGCCCCUGGCACUCAACAGAAAUUCAGACUCUUCAGGGAUUUAGUAGUUAACUGUUACACACUUUACAGUAUUGCAUUGGCUUGAAGGACAUUGAAAGAUAGAGGUGAAUUUGGUUUGGUAAUAGUCUACCCUCUGCUGCAUUUCAUUUGAUAGCAUUUCUUUGUGAUUGUGAUACAAGUGCUCUGAAGGUUCUUCAUUAUUCCCAAAUCUGAACUGUUUGUCUAAUUUUUCUAGUUAGCUAAAAAUUUAUUUGAUUUCAAAUUUUAUCAAACCUUAUUCAUCAAGAAGAUUAUAAACUGAACAGUUCUAGGUUUGUCUGCACUAAUCUAUUAAAAUUCAAGUAGAAUUUUAUUUUUAACUCCAAUGGUUUGAGGGAGCUUCCUGGAGCUUAACUGUGUCAGUAUUGCAAACUGAAUGUUCAUGGACAGUUCUUCAUUAUUUCUGAUUAAUGUCUAAAAAUUUUAAUGAACUUGCUAAAGUGAUCAGAUUCCCUUCUAAAUUGAUGCCUGUUAUUCAAAUCUACCUGUCAAUUGUCAUUUUUACAUUGAAGACAAGAUUUUUGUAAUUUAAAAAUAAAAGCAACUAUUUGAAAAAUGUAAUUUCAACUGCAACAAAAUGUGUAGGUUAAGUGCACAAACAAAUCCUGUGGAGAGAUGGGAGCAGUUUUUACAUGUUGGUGAUCUGCGUAAGUAAGAAGAUUUUAAGACCACUUCAGAAAACAUUGAGUGUCAUAGCGAUCUUUGGAAUUCUUCAAAUGUAAAAUAGAAAUAUUGCUGUUGCAAUUUGGUACUUAAAUUAUAAUACUUUUCCAAAUCAAAAAGCAAUAAUAUUUGAAAACCUGUAUGAUUCAUAUUUGCUUUCCACAUAAAGUAGAUGUUGAUAUCAUGUAGUUUGUUUCCAACUGUUUUACUUUUAUAUUUUAGUAUCCUCUAUUAAGUAGGUUAUUCUCUGAAUUGACCAAAUAUAGCUGCCUAAUCUGCUGGCGUACUUGAUGAGCGGUAAUCAAGGAUCAGACUAAUGUGACUGUGUUUUAAAAGCUACUUGUGGGUAUAACACAAGUUAUUGUUGGAUCAUCUGCAGCAAGGAUGUCAAAUAUAUAUAUAUAUAUAGCACAAAUAAUAGUGACCAUACUUUGAUUUGUAACCUGUACUUUCUGCCUAUGUGUUUGUGUUUUAACCUCCUUGAUGGUUGCUGAAAAUGUUCAUCCUUUGUUCUGUUGGUAUGAAACUUUUGCCUGGUUCACAUGAACACAUGCUCAAAACAUUGCAGUCUACUAUAAAAGUUUGAAAAGAUUUAUGCUGUUCAUAAGUUAUUACUCUUUAAAGAAUUUGUUGACUGAAUUGGUUGAACUGAGUGUACUUAUUUCUGGCUACAUUAUUGGUUGGGAAUAAGUAAAGCUGAAUCAUUGUGCCACAGGGAGAUAAAACAUAAUUUGACUUCAUCUACGCUGGGCUAGUCAUUAUGCCCACUAACCGAUAAUUCUAUGAAGCAGGCUAUUUUCCCCAUCUAAUCAAUGUCUUUUUUUUCCCCAACAAACCAGCCUCCUUCUCUUUUCUUCUAAUUCUAUCUUUGCUUUAUGACCAUUGCACUAGUACAAAUACAACCAACCCAUUAUCUGGUGUUAAUGUCCAUCAUAUGCUAAACCUAGUUCAUUAUACUGGGAGAAGUAUGAAUAUGAUGGUCAUUAUUAAAUUCGAUAAUGAAUUCAGAAGAAAGGACUUUGUGCAACAGCUUUCUAAUCAAGAUUUUGCUCCAUGAGCAAUCAAAGUGAAUAGCGUGAAUGUAUUUAAGGGGAUGCUAGACAAGUAAUAGAAAGUUGUCCUAAUGAAGUGAAAUGAAAUGAAGUGGGAGUUGACAUAGAACGAAGCAUGAUUAAUGAGAGAUGAAGCCUACUUCUCCUCAUGUUCCUUCUUCCUCAAGUACUUGUCUACUUCUCCAUCAAUGUAUUUAUGCUGUUAACCUCAGCUAUUCCAUUUGAAAGUGAGUUCCACAUUCUGGUUAAAGAGGUUGCUCAAAUUCCUUUAUCAGUGAUCAUCAUCUUAUAUUUACUGUUUCUAAUUUUGAUGUCCUUCAUAAAUGCAUACAUCUGCUGCAUCUAGGAAGUGUAGCCAAUCUGGGAGGACCUCUAUUCAAGAAUAGCGCACUAAGAACAGCAAAAGUCUGCUCUUAAAUAGAAGUAAUUUGAACAGCCAGAAAGAUCAAAGAAAAAUCUCAAGUUUUAAAUUGAACUCCAGUGCUUGUCUAUAGUAAUUAGCUUAGCCAUGUUUUUAACUAAUUUUGUUCCAAAAAUUGUUUAUCUUUGUAAUACUUCCUUUAUUACAACCCUUGAUCUACCUAAAACAAGUUGUUUAAACCAAUCUUUUCUUUUCCUACUGGCACAGAUUGAUACUAAAGAACUGGAGAAUUCAUGUCGGUUCAGGCUACAAUUGGAAGUAUCCAUUUUCUCCACUUACGAUCAUCUAUCCUAGAUCAUUCAAUUAAUCACUUAUGGCAAUCCUUAAAAUGAUCGGUUAUGGUUUGUAAUGUGAAAAAUAUCUUGUCCUAUUUGGAGAAAUAAGUUGCUGAAGUAAUCUAUAAAUUUAAUAGUUGGCAGAUAAUAUAAAUAGGUGGCAAUGUACUGAGGAGCAUCUAAACAAUUUAAUAUUACGCGCACUAUAUUUUUCAACAUGUAAAUGAAACAAACAAAUGCAACGAAUGUUAAUUUAGUUUACUUAAGUUAUCAAUUUGAGGAAUAAACCAGAUACUGAAACAUCCUUUAUUGCAAUCUUCUGCGUCAUUUAGAUUCAGCAGCAAUACAAGGACAUUGUAAUUUCUCCAGUGUGCAGUUUUUAUCAACUUGCAAUUCCUUGGAGAAGAGCAGGAAUCUGAGUAACAAAAUUGCAUAUACUUCCUCUUAAGUAUAAAAAACAAACUGAUCAGUAACUUAUUUUGAAUACUUGCAAAUGCUGACUGGAAUAACCUGAGCACUGUGAACCAAGCUUUCGUUUCCUUUGUGCAACUACUGCUUCACAAUUCCUGAAAGGAAAUGUAAAAAGCUAUCACCUUUAGCUGCAGAUGCUGCACCAAGUUGUUCUUUCUGAUUUCCCUGACUUUCAUUUGCAUGAUCAGCACUAAUAUUUUAGUGUAUCUGUAUCCUGCCUUAAGCAAUGUGACAAAACUGAUUGUAUUUUUUUUAAAUCUUUGAUCACUAGUUGCCUGUGUUCCAAGUCUUGACAAGAUUUUUAUGUAUUGUAUGUCUGUUGCAUAAAAAUGGGAAUUGUUUUGAAAAUAUUUAAUUGCACCCCUUAUGUUUACUGCACU